CAGGACAUCCCAAGUAAACAGACGCGUGGUCUCAAGAUAAGCAUCAGUUUCCAUGAUGAGAAGUCCGUCAUUUCUGAUCUUCACGGUUCUUGUUCUGCACAGCACACCAAGGACGCAUGCCGCCACCUUUCAAAGUGCUUUCCCGCACCCAAACAAAUCCAACCCUGACGAAACGGAGCGAUGCCAGCCACCUCCUAUCAGUGGAUUCAUUACCCGUGGAAUGGCGCCCGGAGCUAUCACCGAGGAGGUUCUGGAGUCCAGUCAGGAGGCUCUGCACGUCACGGAGCGUCGGUACCUGCGGUUGGAUUGGUGUAAAACCCAACCGCUCAAGCAGACCAUCCAUGAAGAGGGAUGCCUAAGUCGAACCAUCAUAAAUCGGUUCUGCUACGGCCAGUGUAACUCCUUCCACAUCCCGCGGCACAUUUACCAGGACGGAAACGCCUUCGAGUCCUGCUCUGCUUGUAAACCUAAAACCUUCAGCACGGUCACUUACACGCUGUUCUGUCCCGGAAAGACGCCCGGUACCAGGAAGAAACGGGUUCAGCGCGUGAAGCAGUGCAGGUGUACUACAAUAAACAUGGAUUAGAGACGAUUAUUAUGCAAAACAGAGCAUGGACGUCUUUUUGUAAACCUGACAACAGGAAUUUGAAAUCGUUGAGAAAAGAGCUACUAUCUUUAUUUCAUCAUCAAUUUCAAGUAGAUGGACUCAAUCCGAAUGGGGCUCCAACAUUACAGUUAGAAGAAGAUACCAAAAAUGUUCUCAUUAAGAAUUUAUGGGCUCAUUUUUGCAUUACUUGCAAGUUGCAUGGUGAGAAAACAUUUUGAUGAAAUUAAACUGUAAAAUCAGUUUGGCUCAGCAAUAAAAAUCAACACUUUAGAUUUAUUAUUAUUAUUUUUUAAAUAACAUGCAGUGGUGUUACCAGGGUACCAGGUGUAGGUGGGCAUUAGUCUUACCUGGGGGGG